AUGCAAUCUGAUAAACACUUAUCACCUACUAACACUCCAAUAGGAGAAGAUCAAAUUAACCAAGAAAUAAUUAAAGAAGAACCAAAUAACCAAAAGAUUAACGAAGAAGAAUUAAGUAAUACAAAAACUUUAGAAGAACAACAAAAUACUAAUCAAACAGAAAGCCACAAAGUCACAGUUCUAGAUAGUAGUUAUUCAAACCAACCACAAGAAGAACUAACAAAAGGAGAAACAACAGAAAUUGAUGGAAAUAUACAAGAAAAUAAAAAACCGGUUGUUGAAGAAGAAGGGUUACCAAAACAAGAAGAAACAAAAGAAAAAGCUCAAGUAGAAGAAUUUGUAGGUGAUGAACAAACUGAAAGAGAUACUAUUACUAAAGAACUCCAUACAACAAAUAAAGAAAUUAAAAAAGUACCUUCAGCUUCUUCUAGUAAACAAAAUAAAAAAGAAACAAAAGUAGAAAAAAAUUUAAAAGUGUUGUUAUUCUUUAGAAAUGAAUAUGGAGGAAUUCCAUCAAGAGAAUCAUAUUUUUCUGUUCUUAAAAAGGCAAAAAAAUUACUUAAUGCUGAAGGAAUAAAGUCAUACCAAAACAAAGAUUCUUGGGGAGUUGAUGACUUUUAUCAUUCAUUAAUUGAUUUAAAUGUAGAAUCAAGAUUUAAAGUAAUGGAAAGUAGACAUGAUUAUGUUCAAUGGGUAUUUCCUACAUUUGUUAAAUCAAUGUUUAAUUGGAAUAGUUAUGCCCUUGAUAAAGAAGAAGCAAUUAUUUUUAGAAGUGACCAACAAAUAACAUUUAAAUUCAUCAGAAUAUAUCGUUUAUUUAUCAACUUCUUAGGUGGUGAUAUUGUUGAUCUUUCAACAGGAGAAAUAUUACCAUUACCUGAAGAAAAAUUAAGAAAAGAUCGUUUCCAAAAUUUUAAUUGGAGUGGUCAUAAUUACCUUAGAGUCACUAGAAUUUUUAAUUCACUUCAUGCCUUUGGUCUUAAACCUUAUAUGGAGUCUUUGUUUACCUUCUUUAAAGAAAAUAUUCAAUACUUUAAGAAUUGUCGUGACUCAAUGAACAAUUAUUGGAUAAAAGCACUACAUGCAGAUAGAGCAGUUAAUCAAGAACCAAUUGAUCUUGAAUACUCUGAUAAUUCUAUAUUUGAAACAAUUAACAAAGCUAUAGAAGAACUAAAGAGUAAAGAAACAAAUUUGUUAAUGGAUGAAUUAGCAAAAAAAUUAUCAAUAACUUAUUAA